GGAGGAGGAGGAGGAGCCAGUGAGCCAAUCGAGCCUGACUCUGCCGAGUCAGCAGAGCGGCACACUCCCAAGGACAGGAAGUCUCUAACUCCAGCCAAAAAGACACUGACAACAUUCUCAAUCUAUUGGUCAUUUUAGGCUAGGGGCCUCAAUAAUUAUCAGUCAUUAAUUAUAGUGGUUCCUGGUUUGCAGGUGUAUAUCUUUAUUGUUUGCUUUUUCUUGUAUAGAG